AUGAACAAACUUGUAACAAAUAUUUUUAGAGUUGCAACUCCCUUAACAUUAAAGAAUUCCCAACUAUUACGGCAACGUCACUUUUGGAAAAACAUGGACUGUGAAUUGUUGCAACCGCCCUGUGAGGUACAAGGCAUGCUCGAAUUGAAGAGGGAAAAAUUUGCUAAAGCCAUACAAGUUCCACGUUUAUGGGUUCGCGAGGAAAAAGCACAGAAAGUGUUGCCAGUGGUUAAGAAGCUAUUGUUGAAAAUGGAAAAACUGAAACCUGUAAAACCCUGCACUCUUAACGAAAUCGAUGGCAGGGAAAUACUUCUGCAUCCCACUCCUGUCAAGCAAUGGGAGGAUUUACCCUGCAGUGUAUUAGAACAGCAUGAAGUGGGCAAGGAUAAUUUUGCAUUUACCCAAAUACAGCUGACAUAUGACAAUUGGCGGGCGGAUGAAAUCCUCAAAGCGGUCUUACCCAAAGAUGAAGAAGGGUUGACAUCGUAUUCACGCAUUGGUCACAUUGUCCAUUUAAAUUUACGUGAUCAUCUGUUGCCCUAUAAGAAUUUGAUAGGACUGGUACUAUUGGACAAGGUGGCUAAUUGUAAAACAGUUGUGAACAAAGCUUCCACCAUAGAUAAUACCUAUCGAAAUUUCCAACUGGAUUUGCUGUGUGGCGAACCCAUCUAUCAAGUGGAGACCAAAGAGAAUGGAGUAUUUUUUGAAUUCGAUUUUUCAAAAGUCUAUUGGAAUCCACGGCUCUCCACUGAACAUGAACGUAUAGUUCAAAUGUUAAAGCCAGGCGAUGUGCUGUACGAUGUAUUUGCUGGUGUGGGUCCAUUUUCCGUGCCGGCUGCCAAAAAGAAAUGUACUGUCCUGGCAAAUGACUUAAAUCCCGAAAGUUUUAAAUGGUUGCAGCACAACUUGAAACGCAACAAAUGCCAGAGUAUGGCCCAAUCAUUUAACAAAGAUGGUCGUGAUUUCAUUUUGCAGGAAAUUAAAGAAGAUUUAUUGAAACGCUGGCAAUCGAAGGACGAAGGAAAAUAUAAAAUUCACAUUACCAUGAAUUUACCUGCCAUGUCAGUUGAAUUUUUAUCAGCCUUUCGGGGCUUGUUUGAGAAGGAAUGUCUGGAAAAUGUCAUUGAGUUCAAACAGGAUAAUUUGAAUUAUCCUUUGGUCCAUGUUUAUUCCUUUGCCAAGGGUACCAAUACCAAGGAAUUGGUAUUACAACUGGUCGAAGAUAAUCUUAAAAUGCCACUUAAAGAGAAUCUAGAAGGCAUUUACUUUGUGCGUAAUGUGGCGCCCAAUAAGGAUAUGUAUCGGGUGUCAUUCUAUUUAACCAAGGAUAUGGUGACACAAGCAAUUGCCACACAUCCUGAAGAAGAAACAAAAACUGAACAACUUAAACGUAAGGCAGAGGAAACAGAAAAUGAAGAAUUAUCGGAUGUUUCCAAAAGUAAAAUUAAAUGUCCUUACUAG